CGCAGCUAUGACGUCAUCGGCAGUGCGCGCUCCCUCAGCGUCGAGUCUCCAGAGGAGGGAAAUUCAUGUUCAGUGAAGCUCCUCCUACAAACCCUGCAGAAUGAAACACACUGAAGAUCCUAAAGAACAAACAGAGUUGAUUGAAGAAAAUGAGGUGAAUGAAGUAUUUAGUGAAGUUGAGGAGAAAAAUCAUACAGAAAAUGGAGAAAAACCUUUAAGUUGCUCUCAAACCAAACAGAAAGAUUUUAAGAAAACCAGAGCCAAUAAAUCUUUCACCUGCACUCAGUGUGAAAAGAGUUUCUCAAGCAAAUCUAAAUUUGAUGUUCACAUGAGAGUUCAUACUAGAGAGAAACCGUUCACAUGUGAUCAAUGUGGGAAGAGUUUCACUCAACCAUCAAGCCUUAAGAUGCACAUGAACAUCCACACUGGAGAGAAACUGUACAAGUGUUCACACUGUGACAAGAGAUUCAGUCGGUCAGGAGACCUGAAAACACACAAGAGGAUCCACACUGGAGAGAAACCAUACACAUGUGAUCAGUGCGGAAAGAGUUUCAAACUAAAAGGACACCUUACAGAGCAUAUGAGGAUCCACACUGGAGAGAAACCAUUCACUUGUGAUCAAUGCGGGAAGAGUUUCAAACUAAAAGGACAUCUUACAGGGCAUAUGAGGAUCCACACUGGAGAGAAACUGUAUACAUGUGAUCAGUGUGGGAAGAGUUUCACACGAAAAGGACACCUUACAGGGCAUAUGAGAGUUCAUACUGAAGAGAAACCGUACAAUUGUGAUCAGUGCGGAAAGAGUUUCACACAAUCAUCACACCUUAAGGAACAUAUGAACAUUCACACUAGAGAGAAACUGUACACAUGUGAUCAGUGCGGCAAAAUAUUUUUGAGAGCUUCAGACCUGAAGAAACAUCUGAGAGUUCAUACAAAGGAAAAGCCAUAUUCAUGUCAUUUGUGUGGAAAGAGUUUUUCAUGUUUAGAAAAUGCAAAAAAACAUCAGAAAAUACAUACUGGUGCGAGAGACCAUGCGUGCUUUGAGUGUGGGAGGACUUUUACUUCAGCUGAACAUUUAAAACAGCACCAGAGGAUUCACACUGGAGAAAAACCAUACAAGUGUUCAUACUGUGACAAGAGAUUCAGUCAGUCAGGAACCGUGAAAAAACAUGAGAGGAUCCACACUGGAGAGAAACCAUAUAACUGCACUGGAUGUGGGAAGUGUUUCAAUAAUUCAUCUUCUCUACACAGUCAUACAAAAAACAAUCACAGUAAGUAGAUCAUCUUCAGAUCAAGCACUUUCAGAUCUGAUGCUGCAUCCUCACCACAUGAGACACAAUCAUGCAUCAAGCAAUAAAAUACCUUCUAGAAAAAUCUGUCAUUAAAAAGCAACAUAAAGAGACGUUAUCUAAAGUUUCUUCAUCUUCAAAACCAGCAAAUUCAGCAGUAAGAUUCAGAUCGACUCAAAAAUGGAGUUCCUCCCCAAAGAACAAUGUCAAAAAGGUUUAUUCUUGCAUAUCAUUUUGUUUCAUUAUAUAAAUGAUAUCAUUGUGUUUUCUAAUGAGUUCCAUAUUAUGUUCAACUGUCUUCUAAUGCAUGUAUCACUGAAAUUCUGAUCAACUCAAAAGCCCUAUUCGGACAGUAAAUGUUUCUCCUGACACCUUGAGAUUGAAAUAACAUGGUAAUAGAUGAUGGACUCAUGAAGCAGUGGAAGUUCAUUCAUCAUUUCUGUCAUCUGAAGCUCAAGUAUGAUAUGCUGAUGAUGAUGUUUGGUUUAUGCUGUAUGUUCAUUAUGUUUGAACUGAACUAACAGAAAUGAUCACAGCAGUCCUAAACCCCUU